AUGACAAUGAAAGGUGAUAUUACCCAUAAAAAUAGAAUUGAUGUUGAGUGUAAAGAUUUACCAGUAAAAACAGUUGUCAUAUUCAAGGAUAAAGCUGAGGUUAAAAAGGCAAUUGAUGUUGAUUGUAUUACUGGAAGUAAUGUAAUUUAUAUAAAAAAUGUUUCACCAGUUUUAGAUAGAAAUAGUAUUCGUGUUGAAGUAAUAGGAGAAGGUCUUAUUCAAGAUGUUGAAUAUGAAGAAGAAACUAAAAAUAUAGAUGAUUAUAAUAAUACUGAGAUACUUGAAAAAGAGAAAGAAAAAGAAAAAUUAGAAUAUAUUAUAAAAACAUUAGAAGGUGAUAUUGAAAGUUUAGGAAAUGGAAUUGAGGUAUUACAAAGUGUUGCUAAUAAUGCUAAAAAUCAAAAUAAUAGUAAGAAAAAAAUAAAAACUAUUUCACAAAAUAAUUUUAAUUGUGAUGGUUCAAAAAAAAUUGAUAAAAUAAGUGAUUUAGAGAAUAUUAAUAGUUUACAACCAACAACACCUAAUGAAUUUGGUGAUUUUCCAAAAGGAGAAAAUUUAAAAGAAUUUAUGUCAUUUCUUGAAUCUUAUUGUCAAAAAUAUUCAGAAAUGAAAGUAAAAAUGAAUACCAAACGUGUAGAAUUAAUAAAAUAUAGAAAUGAAUUAGAAGACAUAAAUGAUAAAAUUAAUCGUUUAAGAUGUGAAAAUGAAUAUGAUCCAUUUAAUAGAUCAAUUAUAAUAACAAUAAAGUCAAAUGAUAUUGCUAAUUUAAGAUUUUAUUUAAUUUAUCAAGUAUAUGGAAUUAGUUGGAAACCAUAUUAUGAUAUUCGUGCCUCAAUCUUAGAAACAUCAGCUAAUCUUGAUAAUUUAGUUAAUGUUGAUUUUUUUGGUAUAAUUGAACAACAAGUUGAUGAGGAUUGGAUUGAUGCUAAAAUAUAUUUAUCAACAGCAAAUCCAUCUAUUAGUGGUUCAGCACCUCCAUUAUCAAGAACAACUGUUAGUGCUGUAAGGGCUUCAUCAGGUGAGGGAAGACAUAACACUACUAGACAUACCAAAGGUUAUAGCCCACCAAAUUCCGAUGAUACAGGAUUUGAAUCAUUUGAUUAUAAUGAAAUUUCAGAUGCAUUUUGUAUGUAUCAUCGUCCCAAAGAAAUAACUGUUUGUGAUGGAUCAGUAAAUCGUUUAACAUGGCCAGGUAUUCCUCCUGUAUAUUAUUCUGUUGAAGAUCCAGUAACUAUUUACAAAAAUAGUGACAAAAAUAAAGUUAAAAUUAGUUCUUUUACAAUGGAAGCUAUUUAUAAACAUGAAAUUCAUCCAUCAAAUAGUACUUCUGCAUUUUUAGUAGCAUCAAUUACAAAUAAUAGUCAAAAUAUAAUUUUACCAGGAAAUGCUUCUGUAUAUUUUAACGGUAAUUAUGUUGGUGUAACGGAUGUAGGACAUUUAUAUGAAAAUAAAUCAAUAAAAUGUAAUCUUGGAUUAGAUCCAUCAAUAAAAGUUGAACAUAGAUCACCAAUAAAAAAACUUGAAACAGUUGGUAUUAUUACAAAAAAUAAUUUAUAUACACAUGAACAAACAUUGGUUGUACGAAAUGCAAAACCCUCGCAAACAGUUAACAUUGUUAUUAGAGAAAAUAUUCCUAAAUCUCAUGAUGAAAGAGUUAAAAUUUCUCUUCUAUCACCAGAUAUUAAGAAUUCAAAGGAAUGUAUAAGAAUUACAGAAGAUGCUAUUCUUGAAUGGAAUACUAUCCUUGCACCAGGAGAACACCGUGAAAUGAAUAUUAAAUGGAGUGCUGAAUUUCCAAAUAAUGAAAAAAUUGUCUACAAAUUAAAUAAUAAAAAUUCUCCAAGUGGAAGUUAUUAUGUACUAAAUUGUAAUUUGAAAACUCCAACAAAAUGGUAA